AUGAGUUCCAUGGUAUACGUAUGUCCGAGUGCUUAUCUUGCUUUUCAAAAACAAUGGCAUAGCGACACUUUCAAACCAGGAUUUAUUCCUAUUCUGAGAACGGAUUUACUUAGAUUUAGAGAUGCGCUGGACAAAGUAGUCUCGACGGUGAAUCAACAGAAAGCUGCACAUGCAUAUCUGACAUCUGACCAGAAAGAGCAGAACUCUGCGGGUAAAGAGGUAACUAACGACCAAGAAGCCAUUAGUGAAAAUGGAAGCUCAUCUCUGCACAAAUAUCAAGAUUUAAAGCAGUUUCUGCCAAUCACCCUGAAACAGCAAUUGUGUACCGUUUCAAUAGAUGGUCUGCCAGGAGCUUUGACACAGACACAGAUAGCCAAAUUCGUCAAACACCUCGAAAGUAUCACGGCAAAAGCACUUGAUGCACCGACAACAUUGCACUGCUGGAGCUAUCUGAAGGGACUAGAUACAAUGGCACUAUUUCUCAGAUGUGACGAUUGCACACAAUUGCCGCUUGUAGUUUCAUGUUGGAAUCGCCUCUUCUCGCGAUGGGCCGAGAUGAACGACUCUGUGAAACCGGUUUUGCAUUAUGACGAAAACACAACCCAAUUUCUCAAGGAUCACGGUCAACAGACAAUUCAGAUGGAAACACCCGAGACCGACGAGCAUAUUACGGCCUUGAUAAACCUUAUACAAAAUCUCCAAGAUUCUGAUGCGCAAUCAAAAGAUGAAAAUCUCUCUGUCGACUAUAAAGUGGAUGUUUCUACACUCAGUGACCUCCCGCAUACUUCGCUCGACCAACUAUGCAAGGAUAUUGUUCAUUUCCGUACCCGCGUAGUCACCAUCGAGAAAGAAAAGCGUGCAAAAGCUGAGUAUGAGGAGAACAGGCGCAUGGGCCAGCACAUGAAGAACGUAUUUGAGCAGAUACGGAAGAGUAAAGGCGACCCCAAAUUAAUGGAAGAUGAGGAAGACUUAGACAAUCAAGGCGGUGGCGACGACGACGAUGAAGCUGGUGAUGAAGAGGACGAUUUGGUGGUAGAACAGCGCAAACAAGAAAAGUCAAAGCUCGAAGCAGAUCGUCUGUUUAAAGAACUUCUUGAUCGCCACGCAACAAAGAUAGAGCCGCAUCUGCAUAUGCUCCGGCAGCAGUUGGUACGCGAACAGACGUAUGAGUCGACCUUGGAGCAAGAAAGGUCGCUAUAUCUUAAAGAGCUGCUUCAUUUGGCUUACAGUCCUUAUUAUGACCAUCACAGAUCUUACAAGGACGAAGAAAUACGUCGCGAUGAAGAGGACAGGAAGAUGUAUAGAGCUGCGGAGCCGCUGGUGGAACAGAAGCCGGAAAAAGAAGAGACGCCAUUCACUGCAGAGCCAAGCAAAUUUAAGCUGCAAAUUAGCAAGCCAAAGGAAGAAGCUACUAAACUUUCGCAAUCUGGCGAAGAGCUUGAGACUGUUCUUCAAGAACUACGUGAUUCGGGUCUAAUUCGAGAACUAGCGACGGAGUUCCUGGGCGAGCCGGACGACGACUUGGAAGAGUUUAUCUUGGACCACCUCAAAGAGCACGCCAGCAAGCCGGAGCUUCUUAGUGAGCUACGGGAAACGUUUGACGAGGACGCGGAUGUUAUUGUAGAUCGCAUAUGGGAGAAGCUGGAGACUUUCAGCGGAGAAGGUGUGUGA